AGAAAUGAAGACACAGCCAAACAGUUCCGCAUCAACACAUCGCCGCUCAGCAAACAGUUGCCAACACUUGUGCUCUUCCGUAACGGCCAAGAAGUGAUGCGCAGACCUGUUGUCAACAAUAGUAACAAAUUAGUCAAAUUUAAUCUCACGGCUGAAAGCGUUAUUUCUGAGUUUGAUUUGAAUAACUUAUACAACGAAUGCAAAGCUAAUCCUCUGAAGAAGUCGAAGAGACCCAAAGAGGAAUAGAAGUGUGGAUUAUCACUAGUCUAUGGCAUUAGAAUUAUCUUAUGUUUGGUCGAGAGAAUCUGUUCUCAUACACAUUAAAUGUAGCGAUAAAUGCAUUUUAGAAACAAUGCAAUGAAUCUUAAUUUGAUUACCACUUUAUUCACCAUUAGUUCCCAUUAUAAGAGACCAGAUUUGUUAUACACAAGAGAUUAUUAUAAAUGACACAACACUGAAGUGAAUAUCAUUUAUUAAUAUAAUGUUUUUGCACUUCAAUACUUUUUUCGGGAAUCAAGAAUUUAAUAAAUAAAAUUCUUUUACAAUUUAAUUAAAUUACACAAUAAAGUAAUGUUAAUGUAAUUAUAGUACAAA